AUGCUGGCGGCGCGGGGCGUGGGGGCUGCGCUCCGCCGGGCGCUGUUGCACGGAGCGGGGUCCCGCCGCGGCGGCGCGGCCAUGGCGGGGGACGGCGGGACCGGGGGCGGCGCGGGGUCGCUGCGGGGCGGAGCGGCGCUUGGGCGCCCGCAGCACGUGGUGGAUCUGCGCAGCGACACCGUCACGCAGCCCGGCCCCGCUAUGCGCAGUGCCAUGGCCCGGGCCGCCGUGGGGGACGACGACUACGGCGAAGACCCCACGGUCAACGAGCUGCAGCAGCUGGCUGCGAGGAUCUUGGGAAUGGAGGAUGCCCUUUUUGUACCCACGGCUACAAUGGCAAACCUCAUUGCAGUGAUGUGCCACUGCCAGCGCAGAGGGGCCCAGCUGCUGCUGGGUGCCCAGGCCCACUUGCACGUCUAUGAGCACGGCGGGGCUGCACAGGUCGCAGGGGUCCACUCACAGGCUCUGUCAGACCUUCCUGAUGGUACUUUGGAUCUGGAGCAGCUGGAGCUGGCCAUCCGUGAGGCCCACGGCAGCCGCUACCACCCCCGCCCCGAGCUCAUCUGCGUGGAGAACACGCACAGCUCAGCAGGCGGCCGGGCGCUGCCUCUCACCUACCUGCAGCAGGUACGCCUGCUGGCUGAGCGCUAUGGGCUGCGGGUGCACAUGGAUGGAGCACGGCUGAUGAAUGCAGCGGUGGCCCAGGCCGUGGAGCCGGCCCGCAUCACCCAGCACUGCGACUCCGUGUCCCUUUGCUUCUCCAAGGGCCUGGGUGCCCCGGCCGGGGCAGUGCUUGCCGGACGCCGGGCAUUUGUGGCGGAGGCCUGGAGGGUGCGGAAGCUGCUGGGAGGAGGGAUGAGGCAGGCGGGCGUGCUGGCGGCUGCUGCCCGCGUUGGAUUGGAGCAGGCAGAGGAAACGCUGCGCAGAGACCACGACAACGCCUGCCGCUUCGCUCAAGGCAUCCAGGAGCUGAACUCGCCUCUUUGCUCUGUCAGCCUGGCGGCUGUAGAGACGAACAUCGUGAUGGUGGAAGUGAAGGGGCUGCCCCCGGCAGAGCUCUGCACAUACCUGCAGGCAGUGAGCGAGGAGGAGCUGGCUGAGACGGGCUGCACUGUCAGCGUCCUGCUGUUCCCCUGGUCGGAGCGCACUGUCCGUGCGGUCUGGCACUGUGAUGUCUCAGCCCAUGACACUGAGCUCGCUCUGAACAAGCUGGGCUUUGUGGCCAGAAAGUGUCAGGAGAAGCUGGCCCAGGGCCGGGGCCCCGGUCCUCGUGGCACAGGAGAGCACUGAGUGCCUCCUCCCAGCCCCGUGGGAGAGCCAUCCCUGCUGGGCUGCAGCAGGCAAGCAUGUGGGCUGGGGCAGCUGCUGGCAAAGGGGCUGGGACCUCCCACAGCGUGCUCCAGGCAUGUUCCCAACCAGCUGCAGCACCAUCUCCACCCCUGCAAGCCAGCAUGCAAGCCCAACCCUAGGGAGACCGCAGUUCACAGCUUCCCAAAAGAGCACCACACCUCCUGGGGCAAUUUCUUUCCCAGACGUGCCCACAGCUCACACCACCAGUCUGGCCAUGCCAAGGCCACUUUCCAUCCAGCAUGCACCAUCCCAAGCACUCCAGUCCUCAGCCCACAGCAGCUGGGACUGCCACGGCCCACACCACACAGCCAAAGCAGGACAAGCAGCAUCCAGGGCCUCUGGGUCAUGCUGCACAGGAACAGCAGGGCAGGAAGAGUUCUCUGCAGCCUUCUGUGCUCAGCACAGUUCUUACUGGUCUAGUGAGGCAACUGAGGUCUAAAUAAACAUUUUUUGGCAAUGCA